AUGAUCCUUCGUAUUGUAUGGGCAAAUUAUCCACAUGAUGUUCAGAUCGCCAUUGCAGCUCAGAUCUUUGUAUCUGCUGGCGUACUACUUCUCUUCGUCAUCAAUCUCAUCUUCGCGCAAAGAAUAACUCGAGCUGCGCAUCCCCACUUCGGUUGGCAUAAAAUAUUGUCCAUUGCCUUCAAAGCCCUUUACGCCUUGGUCAUCGCCAUGCUUGCAAUGGUCAUAACUGCCACUGUGCAGUCGUUCUACACGCUUAACCCCGAUAUCAAGCGAAUCGACCGAGAUCUGCAAAUGACCGCUUCUACAUACUUUUUGUUUAUCUCAUUCUUACCCAUCGUUCUGGUCAUCGUUGGCUUGAUCGUCCCUCGGCAGACGAGAGUGGAAAAGUUUGGUAGUGGCAGAUGGAGGUCAAAGAUUGCCAUUCUCCUCACCUCAGCAUUCUUACUCUGUCUUGGAGCCACCUUCCGCAUCGCGACUAUGUACAAAAAUCCUCGACCUCUGAACAAUCCAGCAUGGUACCACGCGAAAUGGUGCUUUUACUUCUUCAACUUUGUCAUCGAGAUUAUCGUUGUCUAUCUUUACCUCUUGCUUCGGGUUGAUCGCCGCUUCCACAUUCCCAACGGGAGCAAAGGGCCUGGAGAUUAUUCAAGUGAACAGAUGCAGCAUUCACCAACACAAACUUCCGAUACACCCCCACGCCUGAGUUUGAACUCGACUACACGCAUACUGUCGGAGGAAGAACUUUUUGAUGAUGAUUACUCAUUUGAGGGAACCGUGAAUAAGGAGGAUCAUUCCCCCGCCUGA